AUGAGUGCAAGUAAUUUAGUAGCAGAAAAAGUGUGGAAGGAAAUUGAAUCCACACACACAGUGAAUGAUGACCAACUUUAUAUUUUACAUUUUUUGUUUGGUAAGAACUUUGAGGGAGCUACUAGAAUAGUUGAUCAAAGAGGUGUUAAGAGGAUUUUUGGUGAACCCAGUGGAAGGUUUAUCUUUCAGGUUACAGGGGAGUCACGGAAAAAAGACCAGUAUCUGUGUUUUGCUGAAAACUUUUGUGCAUGUUAUUCUUUCUUCUAUGAUGUUGUUAACAGAGGGGAACAACUCUGUUGUAAACAUCAAUUAGCUGCAAGACUUGCUGCAUCGUUGGGAUCGUACAUCGAAGUUAAGGUAUCUGAUGAAGAGCUAGCUUUGUUGCUUUCCAAAAUAUAG